GGCAGGAACCUGGGUCGCUUUGACUCCAACCAUGGUGACUGCUCUGCUCCCCCUGAGCAUUUCCCGCCUGGGCCUGUGGGCUUUUGGACUGAUCUUGGUUUUAGGCUUCCUCAAGCUCAUUCGUCUGCUGCUACGGAGGCAGAUGCUGGCCCGGGCUAUAGACAGCUUCCCAGGUCCUCCCACCCACUGGCUUUUCGGGCAUGCCCUCGAGAUCCAGCAGACGGGGAGCCUGGACAAGGUGGUAUCCUGGACCCACCAGUUCCCCUACGCCCACCAACUCUGGGUGGGACCGUUCCUUGGCUUCCUGAACAUCUACGAGCCUGACUAUGCCAAAGCAGUGUACGGCCGUGGAGACCCUAAGGCCCCAGAUGUGUACGACUUCUUCCUCCAGUGGAUUGGGAAAGGCUUGCUGGUCCUCCACGGGCCCAAGUGGUAUCAGCACCGCAAGCUGCUCACACCUGGCUUCCACUAUGAUGUGCUGAAGCCCUAUGUGGCCCUGUUCGCUGAGUCCACACACGUCAUGCUGGACAAGUGGGAAGAAAAGGCUCUUAAGAAUAAGAGCUUUGACAUCUUCAGCGAUGUGGGCCACAUGGCGCUGGACUCACUCAUGAAGUGCACCUUUGGCAAAGGGAACGUCGGCCUGAGCCACAGUGACAAUAGCUAUUACCUGGCGGUGAGCGAUCUCACUCUGCUGAUGCAGCAGCGCAUCGAUUCAUUCCAGUACCAUAACGACUUCAUCUACUGGCUCACCCCGCACGGCCGCAGGUUCCUGCGGGCCUGCCAGGUGGCCCACGACCACACAGACCAGGUCAUCAGGGAACGGAAGGCAGCCCUGCAGGAUGAGAAAGAGUGGAAGAAGAUCCAGAACCGGAGGCACCUGGACUUCCUGGACAUCCUCCUGGGGGCUCGGGAUGAAGAUGGGAUCAAACUGUCAGAUGCAGACCUCCGGGCCGAGGUGGACACAUUCAUGUUCGAAGGCCAUGACACCACCACCAGUGGCAUCUCCUGGAUUCUCUACUGCAUGGCUCAGUACCCUGAGCACCAGCAUCGUUGUCGGGAGGAGAUCCGUGAGAUUCUUGGGGACCGAGACUCCAUCCAGUGGGAUGAUCUGGGGAAGAUGACCUACCUGACCAUGUUCAUGAAGGAGACCUUCCGCCUCUACCCGCCUGUGCCGCAGGUGUACCGUCAGCUCAGCAAGCCUGUCAGCUUUGUGGAUGGCCGCUCUCUCCCCGCAGGCAGCCUGAUCUCUCUGCACAUCUAUGCCCUCCAUAGGAACAGUACAGUGUGGCCCGACCCUGAGGUCUUCGACCCCCUGCGCUUUUCUCCUGAGAAUAUAGCUGGACGCCACCCCUUUGCCUUCAUUCCCUUCUCUGCUGGGCCCAGGAACUGCAUUGGGCAGCAGUUUGCCAUGAACGAGAUGAAGGUGGUCACGGCCCUCUGCUUGCUCCGUUUUGAAUUUGCCCUGGACCCCUCGAAGGUGCCCAUCAAGCUGCCCCAGCUAGUCCUGCGUUCCAAGAAUGGUAUUCACCUCCACCUGAAGCCGCUGCGCCCGGGCUCUGGGAAGUAGCUCUGCAGAGAGUAGGGCCCCAGACUGCCCAGGCUGGAACUUCUCCCUGGGCCCUACCCUCUCCAAGCUGGGUUGUAGAGUAACUGUGCUCCCCUGUCUUCCCCAGGCUUGCAGAUUAGUAGGGGAGUGCCAUGAAAACAUGUGUGUCUGUACAUGCUUAUUAUGCAUAUAUUCCAGAGCUCACUCAUUCAUUCAUUCAACAAACAUAUGGUGAAUACC